UCAAGACUGAAGACUUUGCUUUUUACUGCUGCUUUUAAUUAAAUUAAACCUUUCACUGCACUGUAACGUCCGGUUUUCAUUGUCUUUGUUUUCAGAUAUUCAGUGCCCUGCACUGUAGAUUUUACUGUCCUAUUUUACCCUGUUUUUAAAAUGUGUAGUUUUAUUUUUUCAAUUUCCCUUUGUUGUUUUUAUGUUUAAUGUAAAGCACUUUGAAUUGCCUUGUUGAUGAAAUGUGCUAUACAAAUAAACUUGCUUUGCCUUACAGAGUGAGUCAACGAGAAUCGGGGGACAUCCCGCAGGUAGCAACAGACGAAAGAGCACAGGGAAGACCAGGAGGCCGCCGUACAGAUGUCAUCCACUGUGCAACGCCACUCGUGGAGUGCGCCCUGAUGGCGUCCAGGGGACACACAGGCCUGUGGGAUAGCCUCGCACAGACAGUGAUACAGGUGCUGCGAACAGGCGCUGUGAAGGCGCCAGGUGGCCGUGCGCGCUACAUAGCAGAAAAGCGUGCGCACCGGGCGGAGGAGGUGAGAUGUAGCUUCAUCCUCAGACCCAUGGGGGGGAGGAAAGAAGCCGGGAGGGUAAUCACCUGUGAUCAGAAGGAGCUGGUGAUGCUCUGAGGCGUGAAAGCAGUAUUAGGACAGCAGAGCUGCCGUCACCCUGGAUCAGGAGACACGGCGGAGCCACAGAGAGGGCAGCCAGAUCGCUGACCCUCUUGGCCGACGUCAGAGCCACGAGUAGAGUGACCUUAGUCGAAAGGAACCGCAGAGCCGCUGUAUCCAAGGGCUCGAAAGGCGCUUGGGUCAGGACCCGUAAAACUGCACCUCCUUCAGGAAACGCUUCACCAGCAGUUUUUGCGUCGGUGAUUAUUCUACCGAAGCUGAAGCACCGAUGUAGUUCCCCGGUUAAUCUGGUCUGAAGUUAAUAAAACAUGAGCCAGUCACCGGCUGAGCCUCGACCAAAGAUUGAAACAUGGACCAAAGAAGACGUCCACCAGUGGCUGAUGGCCGAGGUCAAAGUUAAUCGGAGUUGUGCAGACUUAUUUGUUGAAGAGGACGUGUCAGGAGAAGUUCUAUUUGCUCACCAAAAGAAAGAUAUUUUAGAUUUAGGAGUAAAACAUGGUCCUGCUGUCAAAAUCACAUCUUAUCUAGAAAAAAUGAAGACAGGAUCACAACAUGAGUCAGAGUUCCCAGCUGGUGUGAAAAACUGGACAAAGGAGCAAGUGGCCGAGUGGUUACUGCAGCACGGGAAGGUCGAUGGCAGGAAGGCAGAACGAUUCAAAGAGGAAGACGUGUCUGGAGAUUGCCUCGUUUGCUUCGGGAAGCAGGAUUUCCUGGAUCUGGAGCUGAAAAAGGGUCCUGCUGUAAAGAUUCUGAAAGAGCUGGAUCAACUGAAAAAUAAACCAGAGCCGACACCGUGUCGCGUCCUUCCUAUCAGCACAGCGCAAAAUGAAUCUCUGCAGAAAAAUCUGCCUCCGGAGAAACCUCCAAAACAGAAGAAAACUCCUAAAGAGGUGGAGGCACUAACGCCACAAGGGAAGACAAAAGAAACAGCUGAGAACCCGUCUGUGGUAAUUAAAACCACCCUGGAUAAACUGGGAAGAAAUAAACUAAAAUCUUUUAAAUUCCACCUCAGAAAUUACAACAAGGAAGGCUAUAACUCUGUUCCUCAGAGCAAACUGGAGGAUAAAGACACGGUGGACAUCGCUACCUUACUGACCGCUCACUAUGGCUGCGAGGACGCUUUACAGGUCACACGAGACAUUCUAAAGAAAAUAAAUCAGCGUGAUCUUGGUUCGCAGCUUGAGAGCACGAUUGGAGUGAAGGAGAUUCGCGCAAGUUCUACUGAAAGUGAGGAGGAAACGGACGAGUCAGAGACGCCUCCAAGAACAAAUCGUAAAAAACGGAAGAAAAAGAAAAAAAAGAUCUUGUCUUUGUUUCAUAAAUGUCAAAGUACAUUUACCGUCCUGCUUUGACCAAUCAUCCUUACACUGUGGUGGCAGCCAAACGUUAGAAGGAGAGGAGCUUGAUUUGAACUCUCACAGCCCAAAAUUGUUCAAUAAUAAAUAAGUAAAUAAGCUAAUAAAGUCAUAGAACAGUAAUUAAUGCUAGAAUAUUUUAUAUUUUGAAACCUGCAUCAUUUAUGUUUGCAAGCUAGAAGUCUUAGUUUGCAGACCCCAGGAAGGAUAGCUGUUGCUUCGGCUACAGGGAUCUAAUAAAUGAAAUCGGACCCUCGAGGGGCAUAUGCCCCCUUUUGUAGAUUUUAUAGUUAAAUGCAUUAAUCUGGGGCCGUAUUACAGGAAGUCUUAAGUAAAGACAGGAAGAGUCUAAGAUAGGAUUUUUCUCUAACUUUUUAUUUUUUUAUUUUUAACUAACUUUAGGAAUCCUGUCUUAGAGGUGUUUGUAACCUGCGUCGAGAAAUCCAAAUAACGCUUAACUCUGGAGAUUAAAGAGAGAGAGUGGGCUAAAAUAGCAGACGCACUCUCCGCCGCAUAUCUGGCGUCCAGCGGAGCGUUGAUGCUGCCAAACACAAGUAGAAGAAGAAGAAGUCCAUUGACAGUGAUAUGAAGACACGGGCCACUGUAGUGUCCACAGAGCAGAUGAAACCGCUGGUGCUCAUCAGUGACCCCGGCAGAAGACUACUUUUCUCGGGAAAGUUAAUAAUGACAGUAAAAAAAAAAAAAGGCUAAUAAUAAUAAAGGCUGCUGCUAACGUCA